UUUCAGGUUAUGUCGCACUGGCUUCUUAAAGUAGGCAGUUGUGCCUCUCUUGUAUUUCUUUACUCAUCUUUUGGGAAAGUGGAUGCAAGUAGCAGAUCACUCAAGUAUUACUUCAAUUCAGACAGAAAAAGCCUACCGGAAAAAUCUUUUACAGACCAUACUGUGUGUAAUAAUAUAUUCCUUAUACGACAUGGCCAAUAUUUUACUGCUGGACAAACUGACAGCUCUAGAGAUCUGACAUUUAUUGGUGAAGAACAAGCAAUGGCUACUGGAUAUUACUUGAAAUCAAUGAAUUUUCCAUAUAAAAAAAUUAUACAUUCAUCAUUGACUCGUGCAGUAACAACAGCUAAAUUCCUUGAGCAUUACCUGAGGAUUCCUAUGGAGUGUUGCCCAUUUCUAAAUGAGUGUAUUCCAAUUAGCCCAGAUCCUUUACCUGCUCAUUUUGAUCCUAAUCAUCGGAGAGAAGAAAAUAUUCGUCUGAAAUUGGCAUAUGAGAAUUACUUCCAGUGUCCAAGUGAAAGUGAUGACUGUGAUAAAUAUAACAUAAUUGUAUGUCAUUCGAAUGUUAUACGUUACUUUAUUUGCAGAUCUCUACAAAUACCUCCUGCUAUGUGGAUACGAUUCUCAUUAUCCCAUUGUAGCAUAUCUUGGAUACAGUUAUAUAGUAAUGGUACUGUGCGUGUCAGAUCAAUCGGGGACAGGGGCCACAUUCCUGCAAAUAGAUUGACUGUUUAAUAUUCUAAAUUUGAUUUGUUUAUUUUUAGAACAUAUUUGUAAGAGUUAAAUGAUCAUUAAAAUUCUAUUGUCUUAUUUU